CGGAGGUUGCCGGGAAUCAGGCGCCGGUCUGGGUGGUCGCAAUCGGCCUGACUCGGCCGCCAUGUUGCUCUUCUGCCCGGGCUGCGGGAACGGGCUGAUCGUGGAGGAGGGGCAGCGCUGCCACCGCUUCGCCUGCAAUACCUGCCCCUACGUGCACAACAUCACCCGCAAGGUGACAAAUCGGAAGUAUCCCAAGCUGAAAGAAGUGGAUGAUGUGCUUGGAGGAGCAGCUGCCUGGGAGAAUGUGGACUCCACAGCAGAGCCGUGUCCCAAAUGUGAACAUCCUCGUGCCUACUUCAUGCAGCUUCAGACUCGCUCUGCUGAUGAGCCCAUGACCACCUUCUACAAGUGCUGCAACGUCCAGUGUGGGCACCGCUGGAGGGACUAGGGGCUGGGCUGGCCUGCCGGCACCCAUGUUUGGUCCUGUGUAACCAGGUGGACCCCCAGUGGGACUGUGACCUGUGUCCUGAGGGCCGUGGGCCUUUGAUGGUGUGGCGGAAAGGCAGCCCUUUUGGGUGAAGAGACAGGGAGCGUGGACACGGAGCACAUCUGCCAGUUGGAGUGGACAGCUUCAUUAAUGUCCAGGGAGUUUUCGUGCAUGGGAAGGAACUAUGUCUCAACUACGUCUGCCUUGGCUUAUGGUCCACGUUGUCCAUGUUUACCUGUGUCGAGCUGUUGAUGUUCCCUCGCUGUCAGCUCACACCCUUCAGUGUUUAUAGUCUCUAUACAGAUAAUAAAAUUAGACAUAUUCACUUAGUACAUUACAUUUCCUAAAUGUUUAUCGCAAACUUGUUUAAUCCAAAUUUGUUCUGAAUGUUAAAAUGCAAAGUGUAAUGUUACCUUGUUUGUGUUUUAAAUGCCUUCAGAAGUUGAGAACAUACCCCAAAUCACAAGAUUGAUGACUAAAUUCUAAACUGGUUAAAAAAAUGCCAGUAACAUGGAUUUCGAUCUGUUGAUUGUUCCUUAAUUCGUUUUUAAACCUUCCCUGAUUGGCUUUUGGUUGUCGCUGUUAGUUGCCUUCGAGUUGGUUCUGUCUCCUGGCAGCUCGUCCAUGCAGAGCAGAACUGCACACACAGGAUCUUUAGGGCUGUGACCUUCUGGGAGCAGCUCUCCAGGCCUGUCUUCCGAGGUGCCUCGGGGUGAGUCCAGAGUGCCAGCCUUUCAGCUAGUAGUCGAGCACGUAUCCGUUUGCACCACCCAAAACUCUUGGUUGGCUUCCUAGGAUUGCAUGAAAUUUGUUUGAUUUUUAAAUACUGUUAAAAUGAGAUUUAAUGACAUUUUUUAAAAGUUACUAUUUUUUAUUGUGCUUUAAGUGAAAGUUUACAGCUGAAGUUAAUUUCUCAUACAAAAACUUACACGCACAUUUUUAUCUGAUCCUGUUCGCAGUCCCUGUAAUGUGACAGCAUACUCCCCCCUUUCCACCCCACGUUGCCUGUAUCCAUUCAACCAGCUGUUAUCCUUUCUACCUUCACGUCCUGUCUCCGGACAGGAGCUGCCCAUUUAGUCUCUAAGUAGACUUUUUUUUUACUGGAUUGUUUUUAUCCUUUCUACUUUUGUGUUAUUCUUUCUCGAAAGAAAAAGGCCAUCUCAGACCAGCUGGGGAUUGAUGGAUGGAUUGUUGUUCAGGGCACUGGAUUUACUUCCUUUUCCAAAGUAGAUUCUCUAGAUAAUGAAGCCUUGCUUAUUAAAUCGUGGGGCUUAAAUCUGCCUUUGAUACAGGCUUUUACUUUCUUAAACUUGGUAUCUUUCCUGGACAUGAUGUGAUCUUUGAGGUUAGCAUGAUUGUUGUACUGUUAGAUGGACCAGGUUCUGAGCCCUUUUCCUCUAAUUGACUCUUUCCCAAAGUAGUUUGUUCUGGUUCAUAAAUGAGAUGUUAUCAUGCAGGUGUUAUCUUUAAUGUCUUUUCUUACGCUGUUGAUUGUUUUCCUCAGGUGCCAGCUCUUGUUUCUGAGUUUGUGGUUGGGAGACAGCAUAGACCCGUGUGAAGACCAUGCGCUCUCCGGCUCGACUGCCUGACUGCACCUUAGCUGUGUCACCUUGGUCAGGCUGCUUACCCUCUGCCUUCGUUUCUUCAGCUGUAAAGUGGAGAUAAGAACAGUCUCCUUCAGGGGUUUGAAACUUUUUCUAACAAGGGCUAGACAGUAGUUAUUUUAGGCUUUGCUGGCAAUGAGGCAAAAUGGGGGAUAAUGAGAGAAAACCAACUUCCACAAAAUUUUGAUUGACAAAAUUCAAAAUACAAUAAUUGAGUGUAACUUUCUGUAAUGCAGUUCUGUUAAUGAGAAUGGAUACCAUUUGGUUUAAUUGGGGCUCAAAGUCAGUGUUCCCUGUCAUCAAAAUCAACUGCAGAUAUUCAUCUGUUAAUUCUGGUUAAGGGCACGUGGAGGUCACCAUUGGCUUUAGUGAGUCAGUAAUCACUCGUGAGAGACGUGUUUUCUGCAAACUACCUGUGGGUGACUAAUAUCAGGAAAAGCCUUAGGCUUUAAACAUGUUACAUUUCCACAAGCUUUGUAACUUUGUCCAGCUAAGCCUUUUCCUGCCCACACAUACUGUUACCACCACGGGUUAACACACGUUGGUAGAUCCUCCUCCACGUUGUGCCCAGUUAACGUUUCCUCAACUUGUUUUAAAUACGCUCCCUGUAGUUAGUUGUUCUGUGGGUGGAGUCACUUGCAACUCCUGGAAUAAACAACCCCAACCAGGCCGUAUCAGUAACGUCUGUCUACCCAUGAGGAGCCAAGGAAACCACCUCAAAUAAUUGGCCUUGUUUUUUAAGUGACUGCAGAUUUCGAUCCCAGUGUGCUUAACCUUGGAACAACUGUUCUUGCCCAAAGGCUGAGAGUCUUAAAGUUCAUUUUCUCUGCACAAUCUUUGCUGCAGUCAAACGUGAUUUAGUUAACUCACUGUCCAUAAAUGGCUUUCCUCCUUGGCUAACAAAUGAGCCCCUCAGAAACUUGAUUUCAUUAUGGCCUCAUUUUCCUUUUUUUGUUGAGAAAUUCAGCUUGACGAGACACUCUUACAUUUUCUAAUUUUUCCGACUGUUGCUUCCCUGUGAGUUGGGCAUAUUUCCUGUGUUGAGCGCUUGGUCUGGUAAUGUGGACAUGCAGUGUAUUCCAGCACAGCUGUAGGGUCACUGCAUAACAAACACGGUGCUUUGCCACCUUGUUUGUUUUUAGGCGCCAUUGCGUCGGUUCCGACUCAGCGACCUUGUGUAUAGUCGAUUGAAACCCUACC